UGAUUAAUUAAUUAAAAGACUAGCUCUUCUGAGUGAGGCAGCUGUGGCGGGCUGAACCGUGUCCUGCUGGUGCAAGUUGGUGAGACAGCCGCGAUGUUUCGGAUCGAGGGCCUCGCUCCGAAGCUGGACCCCGAGGAGAUGAAGCAGAAGAUGCGCGAGGAUGUGAUCUCCUCCAUCCUGAAUUUCCUCAUCUACGUGGCCCUGCUGCGAGUCACUCCAUAUAUCUUAAAGAAGCUGGACAGCAUAUGAAGGUUGGGAGCCACAUGCAAAUCAUGAUGUGAAGACCCUGGUUACAGUUUCUCCUCCUAUCUGCAAAGAAUUGGCCCAGAAAGGUAUAAGACUGAAUGGACAUAAAAAUUCUACUUAAGAACAAGUUGGACUGGUACUGGUACUGACCUUCGUAGCUGAAAUAUAAAACUAUUUGGGAAGUACAAAAAGAUGUCUUGUGGUCAUAGUGUGCCCUUAUGCCUGCGAUGCUCAGCCUGUCAG